AUGAGAAGUCGUCUUUCUGAGCAACUAAGUGAUACAGUCUUUAAAACGAAGUUUUGGAUGGAUGUUACUACUACUCAUAUAUUCGACUUAGCGCCAGAACUUUUAGUGAAAAUACUAAAAGAGAUCGAUGAACAAACAAUAGGACGGAUGAAGGCGGUUUGUCAAUUUAUGAACUCCUUAAUUCAUCGACAUCAAAGCACGCUUGCCAGGCAAAUGAUCUACAUGGCUGUGUUUAAAGAGGGAGAACUCAUAGUGGAACGAUACCUGAGGAGAAGCCGAUGGGAAGAUUAUAAAUAUCCGCUGCCAGGUCCGUACGUGGAUGAACAGACGUUUCGACAACUGAGAUGCGCAGAUAUCGAUACGAUCAGAUUUCAGAUGCACGUGCCAGAUCAUGUGGCCGACGAAUGGGCGAAACAUAUCGUUGAUUCGAAAUCGACGACGUUUCGAGCGGUGUUCGCCAGAUGUCAGAUGAGUGUGAACGCGGUGAUCACAUUGUUGGAAGCUUUGAAACCGCAGCAAGUUGCGAUCGAGUUCGCCACGGAUUUCGAUGAUCUCAGUGUAAAGAAAUUAUGCGAACAUGCAACGUUUCGGAAGAUUAUGCAUUUGAAUCUCAUCAACUCACAAAUCACCGACAACGAUCUAUUAUUACUCGAUGCACAGUACCUCACAAUCUACGAGUGUUCGAGGUUAACGGUGGCAGGACUGCGGCGAAUUCUUUUGGAUUGGUACAACGGAAAGCGCUCGAUCAAGGACUAUCAUGUAUCGAUUUCCGAGCGCAUCGUUCCAGAAAGACUGUUCGAUGGUCUCCCAACCAGGCGUAGAUCGAUCAUCGCUUGGGAGGUCAGGAAUUCGGAGACAUUUUUGCAUACUUUGCAAGAUCCACGGAGAGAAUCGUGCUGUGGACGUAUCGCCGUAUGUACCCGAAAGAAAACGUGGCAGGAUGUUGCGAAAAUCUCUCGUGGCGGAAAUGAAACGAGAUCGAGAAAAUAUGUACAGAUGGAUUUUCUUGAACAUGAUGUAAACAUCAUGCUACUGCUUACUGAAUGUGCGGAGACAUCAUCUGCUGGAAAUUUGGCUGAAAUUGGACGGUGA